AUGGCGACCUGGUCCAUCAUCUGCUCACUGGUGGCGCUGUGUGCCGCGGUUGGCUGCUUCCGGCUGUUACUCAUCCUCAGCCGUCACGUGUCGCUGCUCGCUGGAGCUGCAUCGAAUGCGCUCGACAACAACGAACGCAAAAGUGGGCGCAAGCGCAUGCGUGGUCACCUUCCCGAAACCAGACGAAGGUCCACGGGGGCUCACCAGUCGAGGAGCCGUGUCGACCCCCAGGGCUCUGUUUUCAGCAGCAGGUUCGAGAAGGUGUGGGUGGCUUUCGACCGCCUUCUCGACCGCGUGGCGGUGGUGGAGCAUGACGCGAACCUCGACAACGAUGCGAACCUCUCGAAGGGAAAGCUUUCCGCCUCGAUGGAGGAUGCCGUCGCCGCCGGCAUCGCGGCCGCAGAGCAGAAGAUGGCGCUAGCGUUCCAGGCCAAGAUGGCACAGGCCGUCAUGAACGAGACGGGAAAGUGGCGCGUGAUGCAGGAGAGCCGGGAGGCGUGGUGGCAGAGGAAGUUCGACCUCGAAGAGAACAAGCUUGGCACCGCGCUCGCCGCCGCCGUCGCUUCGCACGAGGACGCCAUGGAAGCUCGCGAAAGGAAGUGCACGGCAACCGUCGACUCCGUCCGCGCCGACGUCCUCCAGCUCAAGGAGCAAGCUGCCGGCAACGCCGCGCGGAAGGCGGCCGACGACGCUUCUGCAAGGGAGAAGGCGGCGAUGGCCGAUCUCCUCCGUGCCAUUAACGCGACGCACCAGAUGCAGCAGGAGGCGGUGGUGGCGGUGCAGCAGGAGGUGCGGGAGUGCUUGGCGCGGAGGAAGGUGGAGGAAGCGUCUUCGGCGUCCCGUGGCGACCCGCUGAGUGCUGCGGCGGAGGCGUCGCCACGGCCGCCGUCGAUGGACGACACGACCAAGCUCCGCAACGUCAAGAGUGACCUCGACUCUCUCGGAGCACGCCUCCUUGCUCUCGAGAACGCGGGAAACGGCUUGGUGAGCCCGCGCAAGCUGAACAGGACCCUCCACAAGGUCCACGAGAGCGUCUUGGAGUCGAUCAGGGUCUGGGGGGAGGAACCGCUCGUCGGCCCCGUGUAUACGGAAUGGGUGCUCAGGAAGCUCAAGAAGAAUAGCUCAAAGAUAGGGCCGGGGUCGGGGGACGAGGGAGACGAGAAAACAACGCCGCGCGAGAAGAGUGAGGGGGGAUCGGGAAAGGGAGGCUCUACGACGGAGGGGGGAGAUGGAGACGGCAGCUCGUCCAACGAUUGCAUGCCUGGUGGGGGAGAGGGAGGACAGGGCCGUGCCCCCAGCAGCUAGAGCGGCAGCGAUUUGUAUGUGUUCCUUGGAUUUUUUUUCCUAAUGGAGCACCGGCCGGUGUGUGAUGAGAUCUUCGCCACCGCUUGACGAUGCGUCUCAUACUGUGCGCUUCGUGUCGUUUGUGUUUGCGGUGUUGGUUAUGCACGUUCCGUGUAUGAGUCUUUUAUUGCUUGACUCCUCCCAGUCGACCUCUCGGUGUUCUCCCUUAGAUUUGGCGCUCAGUUUCAUGAUGUUGCAUUUCUAGUAGACCAAUGAGAGUUGUUUGGUUUGUUGCGCGAGGUAGGUGUCCAGGACGAAACGUGUUGAUGUCGCGGGUUGCUGAUGCUUUUCUUGCAGGAAUUUGGCGCAUCAUGGUGGAGGGCGGCGCCGGCUCCUUCGACCCUUGUUGUUCGAUUAGAUUUGUGCGAAACGAGGGAGGGCAGCAUUAUUGCCGGUGUCAAGACGUGCAAUCUGUUGGGUGAAAGAACGAACACAAGUGUGCGCUAAAUCUUUAUGAUGUACCUCGUAUGUUUUGUAGUUUGGUGACUUUUCAUUCCGUCUCUGCACUGCGUCGGUCAGACCAGUCGGGCAGAAGAUUUUUUCCUCCUCGAUUCGCGUUGACAGAUUGCAAGAAGACCGAAGAUAGUUUGGUUCAAGCUUGCGCCUGGCAUUGGUUUUGCACUGAAGCUUGUGGUGGGACGGUGUCUGUCGGUGGUUCUACCUGAUUGUUGCCCCAUUUCGUGCCGCAACGCAGGGACC